AUGGUUGUCAAUUGGGGCAUUAUUGGCACUGGUAACAUUGCGAAUGCAUUCGCAAGUGCUUUAAAGCAUGCUAAGGAGGCAAAGCUGGUUGCCGUCGGAAGCAGGUCAAAGCAGAGCGCUGUCAAGUUUGGGACUACGUACGGAAUACCAGAAGAACACUGCCACCCUACAUACGAUGAUCUGUUCAGUGACCCCAAAGUGCAUGCCGUGUAUAUAUGUACACCUCAUCCUUAUCAUUGCGAGUUGGCUUUGAUGGGUGCAAAAGCUGGAAAGCACCUACUAGUUGAAAAACCUAUGGCAAUGAACGAAAAGGAAGCCGUCCAGAUCAUUAAUGCUGCCAAAGACAACAAUGUUUUCUUAAUGGAAGGGUAUAUGUAUAGGUGCCACCCUCAAACAAAAAAGCUUUGCGAGAUCAUUAGUCAAGGUCUUAUUGGAGAUGUAAAGCUCAUUAGAGCAAAUUUUAGCUACAAUGGCACAUCGUAUGGUCCCGAGUCAAGAGUUUGGAACAAUGAACUUGGCGGAGGGGCACUACUAGAUAUCGGCGGAUACCCUUUAUCGCUUGCAAGGCUGGUUGCAGGUGCCGCCAGAGGCUUACCCUUUUCCAAUGCUGACAGCCUACAGGCUACGGGUAAACUUAGCGCAACCAAUGUUGACGAAUGGACGAUUGCAAGUUUAAGUUUCUCAAACAAUGAAAUCGGAGCACAACUGUUUACCGGUAUUUUUGCUGAUAGCGAUUGUACAGCGGAGGUAAUUGGGAGUGAAGGAACUGUACGGUUGAGCAGUCCAUGGAGACCUGAUGUCCCUGAAAUGGGUAAACCGACUAUUGUUUUGACGAAAUCUGGCGAGGAACCAACUACCAUCGAGGACUAUGCCACUCUGGGAACAAGUAUCUUUGUCUAUGAAGCUGAGGAGGUCUCUAACGCCAUUCUAGCUGGCCAAAAGGAGUGUCGCUUUAUGACUUGGGAGGAUAGCAUUGGUCAAGUCAAGGCUAUGGAUGAGUGGAGACGUCAAAUUGGCUUGAAGUACAAUGCAGAUUAA